UCGAAAAGUCGCAAAAAUUUUGUUUAUUUUUUGUUGAAAAUAUAUUAGUUCAGCUUAGGAUCGAAAGAUACUUGAAAACCGCCGGAAAAUGAUUAAAACGUCUUGAAAAAGGAUGAAUUGUUUGCUAUUUAUGGAGAUUAUACGCAUGAGUUGUGUCCACGAUGCUUGGCAAUGCAGAACAAGCCUCAAAGUUCAUUGAAUCCGUUUAAAAGAAGCGUUGAUAUAAAAAAUGUCCUCAGAAGAAGUCGAGCUGCUGUCUGACAGCAAAUAUCGGCAGUUUAUCGCAGCGGUUGAGAAAGCUUUGAGGAGUUUCGAGUCGACCAGCGAAUGGGCCGAUUUGAUCUCUGCAUUGGGGAAAUUAAACAAGGUUUUGAAUUCCUAUUCCAAGUUUGUUGUUAUUCCCAGAAAACUAAUGAUUGGUAAAAGACUAUCGCAAUGCAUGCAUCCAGCCCUACCCAGCGGUGUUCAUCUCAAAGCUCUGGAGACCUACAACCUUAUUUUUGAGCGUAUCGGCAACAAACGUUUGUCCCAAGACCUAUUUAUCUACAGCGUUGGGCUAUUUCCAUUAAUGAGUCACUCAGCAAUGUCUGUCAAGCCUGUUUUAAUGAAAUUAUAUGAAGAACAUUUUAUACCACUUGGUGUAGCUUUGGAACCAAGUCUACCUGGUCUGUUGUUGGGUCUUUUGCCAGCAAUCGAGGAAGGAUCUGACUACACCGAAAGAACAAUUUCUUUGCUGGAGUCAAUCAGUGUUGCCACAGAUAUCGAUAUAUUCUUUGAUGCAUUGUGGCAAUCUGUGAUCACAACACCUUCAGCAAGAUUGCCUGCCACAAUAUUUCUCCUCUCGCAACUGGACAAACAUUUACCACCAACGGAGCAGCAGCAUUUGCUGGGCAAGAACCAUGCAUAUAUGGUUCAAGGACUGUGUCUUGCCCUAAACGACAGCCUUGCUCUUGUGCAAAGAAACAUCCUUGACUUCUUAGUUCAGUUGCUGCCCCUCCAUGUCCCCUACCUCUCCCCCGCGCACCUGUCUACUCUGAUGACUGCCGCACUUGGAGUUCUACUUCGAAGGGAUAUGUCCCUGAACCGAAGACUGUAUGCCUGGAUACUUGGUGUAAACGGCGCUGGAUUGUCACAGCUCUCUGGUAGCACCAGUGAAGAUGAUAGCAGCCAAUAUUUUGAAAUGUUUGGAAAGAAGUUGGUUGUUGAAGGAAUGAAAGCUUUGUUUAGGCAACAGAGUGGACCAGGAGUGGAUGCUCUGAUGUCAAGAAAAACUACAAAACUAGAGUUGCUCAAACCAUUCAGGAUCCUGCUAAACCUGCUUGAUAAACCUGAAAUUGGCUCUGCAAUCCUUGAGGAUGUGCUUAUAGAGGUCUUUAAAAAUCUGUUCCUGAGCUACAAGCAUUUUAAUCCAAAAGAAAGCAUUGAAAAGAGUCGAGAAAUAGCUUUAAGAAAACAUGAGCCAGUGAAACAAAGUAUUUCAAAAGAGAACCCAAUGGAAGAACUGAUUAAAACUGGGAACUUGUUGUUUAAUACGUUUGAACCAUACUUUAUGUGGCAGUAUAUUGCAAAGAUCUUAGCUGCUUGUAACAGAAGGUCUGAUGGUGACAACAGCCCAGCGACCAUUGGAGCAGGUGACCUAGAGGGCAAUGUUUCCCCUGGGAAAGAUGUGAGGGAACUUGAUAAAAAUGAUGAUAAAUUGGAAGUACUUGAUGUUAUAAGAUUGACUGACUUCAUUUUGAACAUUGUUGCAUUGGAAUCUUCAGUUGAAACAGAGUCCCAGCACUGGCCAGAACUCUUGUCUCAAAUUAUUCAAGAGCUGACACGUGGUUGUCAAAAUCUGACUUUGGAUGAAUUAGAGGAGGGAGUUUUGCUCUGUUCCAAACUUCUUUCAAAACUAACCCCUUCUACGAACUUUGUCCGCGAUAUUUCUCUACCCCGGAAUAUUGUCCCUUCGAGCAUGAGCCCCACGAACAGCGAGUUUGAUUCCGGUGAUUUCAUCGAAUACGAUUCAAAAACAUUUGAGGAUUCUUCUGGAAGCAGUUCGCCACGUGAAGGUGGCGUGACAGCACCCAAUGACGCACGUGAUAAGCUUGAGUCGCGUGACAGCUUCGAAUCUCGUGAUAGCUUCGAUUCCGCUGACGUCAGCACGGAGCUUCGUGACCAAGAACGAAAAUCACGUGAACAAGAGAGAAUGGCACGUGAAGAAGAACUGAAAUCGCGUGUUACAUCACGUGAUGAAGAUUUAUCCGUUGAGUCCUUAGAACAAGUGAUGGUUGAGAAAUUUCCAACUCCGAAGUUUGAAAAAUCGAAAGUGGAUAAAAAUGGCGAUAACGUCGAGGAGGGUAAAGGAAAAGAGAGGCGGUCAGUGAAGGAAAACGACGAGAAACGUGACAAAAGUAAAGCGGAAACAUCACCGGGGAAAGAAAAGAGUAAAGAUAGUUCCGAGAAACGAAAAGAGAAAAUUAGGAAGGAAAAAUCGAAAGAAAAACGAAAGAAAAGAGAAAAAAACGGCAAAAAGAAUGAAAUCGAUCAAUCCAAAGUGGAAGAAACUAAUAGAAAGUUAUCAGAAUUGAAGGAAACUGAAAAAAAUGAGGAAAUGGUCAGACACGAUAGUCAAUCAAUGCUUAUAAGAAAGUGUAUCGAGAAUUUUAUGGAUUUCAUCCUGGAGUUUUUCAAGUGGAAGAUAUUCGAUGGAGAGAAAGCCAUGGAAAGUUUUACCAAUGACAAACUCUAUCACGUGAAAGACAUGCGCCCUCGCGUGCUCGGAGCAGGUGGUGAUCACGUGAAGUCUUCGUGUAGUUCUCCAAGUACUGCGGCAAAGACCUACACAGCAAUGUGUAAACUACUUGUUGAGUUGUCUUGUUUCCCGAUGCAGGCGAGAGGAACAGAGUCUGGUGCUUCAAUGAAAGAGAAAGGUCGUCUCCCAACAUGGCUGCGAUGUUUGAUAUCUUGUUGCUAUCAGUUGGAUGACUUUAAUAUCCAGAGUACAUCAGUAUCGACUGUUCUUGAUCUCAUUAACCUAACCUUAUCUGUGAACCCAGGACUGACCUCUGUCGACGCUGGAGUUAUGGUCAUUCCUAUACUAACGUUGGACGAAGUUACCUUGAUUGAAAAGUCAGAUAUUUAUAAGGUGAUUGCAAACAGUUUGUGGUCAAUAUUAGGACGUCCUGUGCCCAUCCAUCAUCGUAAGGCGGUGGAAUUAUUGAUUCAACUGCACAACUUAACCCCAAGCCCUCAUCUUUGCGAGAACGUCAUUGGUUCCUCUAUGGUCUCCGCUAACAAGGAGAGCCGCCUGGAGGCCCUGAAGAGAUUUGCCAAUCUUUGGCACAUUGCAAAGAGCAUUUUAUCACAGAAUAUUCAGGGAAGAACUGCCCGUGGUCUCCGCACUUUUGACAGAUCUCUUUUUGUCAUGAUGGACGGUCUUGAGUCAGACGAACCUGAAAUACGGUCUCUUACUAAAAUGUGGGUUAGUCAUUCGCUGGAGCAAGGUGAUAUUGGUCGCAUUUUGGAGCCCUUGUUGUUACUUUUGCUUCAUCCGUCAACCGCGAGGAUUUCUCAUUUCUACUGUGAGCGUGAGAGAAAGCGGAAACAAGAGAUCGAUAGGGAUGCUGAGGGUGAAAACGAGGACGAUGAUGUACAAGACGGGAUAUUGGAGGAUAUUAGUGAAGAAAGAAAUGAAGUGAUUUUGACAGUGUCUCAUGGUAUGAAGGACCUGAAAUCUUCUGGUGGGAAAGAAAAAAAUAGAAAGUCCACAAAAGACCAGCCGAGCACAAAUCCUGUGCAAGGUCCACAGUCUCAAUCUCGUUCAUCAGACAUGCAUAAGCUCCAUUAUUCAGGCAAAUGUGACUAUCAUCGCAUCUUGUACGCUUUCCGUACCCUCUCCGGCGUAUUACGAGUCGUUCCGAGACAAUUCGUCUGCGCUUCGGCAGCCACAAGCAUCGGGAGCUCAUUUGGACCUUACGAAGAACGAAUUAAAGAGCUUCUGAUUCGUCACAAACGUUCGCUACUUGGAAAGGGCUUCUAUGGCCCGUUGUUCGGAGACCGCACAGACUCGAAGACAAGUCCUCCUGGUAAAUUCACGAUCAAGCCGAACACAAGCAAAUAUCUGGAAAUUUUGAUAACAAUCACUCUUUACUUCAUACGCAGCCACUACCCUCUCUCGUCCAACGUCUCUUCAGAAUUCCUGGAAGGCAACGUUAAGACACAGGUUUCCAGCUUGGAAUGCCUGACAAACCUGAUUUGGGAACUGGUCAAACUCGUUCGUGAAAGUGGUCAUGGCUUUGGAAAUUUUAUCACAGACUUGCUGUCGCGAUGUCGCGUUCAGAAAGCGAUCAUACACUGUUUAGCUGCUACCGUUAAUGGAAGAUAUGAUAAUACAUCGUCCGCCCGACCUCCUGCGAAUCCUUCCCGACCAUCACCCGGGGAUGCCCGACGUUCGUCCGACAACUUCCGACCCUCUUACGAUGGGUCUGAUUCGUCAAAUGGUUCCACUCAGGGGCCAUUGAAAGAAACCGUUGAUCAAAUGAUUUUGCAAUCAAAGCUUUUGGAAGUCGUUGAGGCGUUGAUCGUCUUGGAGCAUGCGCUGUUGUCGUGUGUUGAAGCGCUGACGCCAGAUCACCAUGGAAACUCGGACUUUGAGAUCAUCAUGAAAGGUGGUGAGGAGAGUGUCCCACAGGUGGAGGGGUACACCUCUCGCUUUAUUCAAGGAAAGUCGCUUUCUUCGCAAGAGAUGCUGCUGAACAUGGCCUUGUGUUGCUUGAAGGCUCAGGGUAAUUUUGAGAUGAGCAGCCGCUGGACAGGAUUCGUCAUAGAGUGUUUGCCAUAUUUGGGUAUGGACUUGAGAAAAUGGGUUGUACCAAUCGUGCUUCAGAUGUGCAGCAAUAUUAGUGACGUCACGAGGGUGUUUAAAGAUCACAGGAGUGAAGGAACUAAAAGCGCUCACAACGAGCAGUAUCCUCCUGAUCAUUUAUUGGCAGCUCUUGCUGGGGUAACAUCCAUUUGUCAUUUCUGCUUGUUGGACGCUGUAUCGUCUCCAGUCCUUUCUAUUCAACCCCGCGCAGGUAACAGCGUUGGUUCACCGGGGAUUCCUCUUGAUUCUGGUCAAAAACCAGUUCGUUCGAUGCAAAUAUUCGCCAAUCUUCUCCACGCAUUCUCUUCAAAUUCCAAGUCAAACGAUUCGUCAGAUUACGUGCAGAACUCGACUCCACUUCUCGAAGCAAGGGAAGGAUUGCUGAGCAUUUUACCUCGAGUUAUCGCUACGCUGCUCUCGAUAUGGGGUGUAUGGAAUCUGGAUAGUCCUAACGACACCUUACCAUCCAGUAUGGCUUUACUGGGAACAGCAAAGUCGUUGCGUCAUAAUAUACUUCAGUUGCUCACUCCAAUCGCGAUGAGUCACACGAUUGUAUUCCUGGCAUCCGUCGCUGAUGUUUGGAACACGAAUAAAUUGAACGAGAAAGACUUUGAGACGAAAGCACAUUUCUUUAUGGCUGUUUCCGAUGACCAACUACGAGUUAUCUCUCUGAUCUUGGAUAUAAAGGCGCUAACUUUGGAGGUUGUUAUUGAUACAGUCAGGCAAAUUAUUCGUCAAGAGGUAUCAAAUCGCGACAAGGGUUUUGAAGCAAGUUUAUUGCAAUUCUUCCACGAGUUUUUACAACGCUCUCCGCUCAGUUAUAUCACCCAAGCCAGAGGUUCAUUCUUGGCUUUGUUGAAAGAUGGAUUGCAACUAAACCUUCCCCCUCCGGCCGUGUUUCUCCUGCUGGUUAACUUACAUACAUAUUGUGUCAAAGUUCCGGGGAAGGAGGACAGAAAAUCUCGUAAAGAAACCCAGGAUGUGGCUCAGCGUCUGAUAGAAGCCUGCACAUCAAUUGCUGGUUUAUCACUUGGUUCUUCCGCUUGGUUCAGCCGAAAUCUAUCCGUUAUAACCCACCCUGGAGGGCCCGAUGAAGAAAUCUCGCCCGAAUCCGCGAGCGACACCUUAAGUAGUAGUGACGACAGAUCUGAGCCCGCGAGUAAACCUGUCAGCGGUGGUAACGCGGGGAAACAUAGUACCCAGGCUCUUAUAGUGCUGGCGGAUGUUUUGGCGUCACUUUUGGAUAUUGUGUUUGGAAGCGAAGAAAAGGAACGUGUGGUUAACUUCUUGUUCAACGUCAUGGGCAAUGUCACGCCUUAUUUGAGAAAUCACAGUGUCGCUAAUGUUCCCAGUUUCCGAGCCUGCUGUGCGCUGGUUGCCUCGCUCAGCAGUUAUCAAUAUACAAGGAAGGCUUGGCGUAAAGAAAUGUUUGAGUUAUUUUUUGAAACAGGUUUCUUUCAAAUGGCUCCGGAAAGUGUCGGAAACUGGCGCAUCAUCAUCGACAACCUGUUCACUCAGGAUCAGGCCUCUUUUCGAGAGCUUAUGGCGCGGGCUACGGUCACCUCAACUUCUACUAUUAGUCUCUUUGGAAACCAUGAACAGGAAAUGCAACAGAGAGCAAUGAUGUUGAAACGUCUCUCGUUCGCUGUGUUCAGUAGCGAGGCAGAUCAAUACCAGUCUGUCCUCCCUGAGAUGCAGGAACGUUUGGCCGAGUGUCUGCGCAUGCCCCAAGUUCCAGUCCUCCACGAGCAAGUCUUCUUAUUCUUCCGAGUGCUACUUCUUCGCAUGUCCGACAACAUGACAUCGAUCUGGCCAAUGAUAAUCUCCGAAAUGAUUCACGUGUUUCUGCUCAUGGAAAGCGACCUAUUACAGGCCGAUACGCCGUCACGUGACCAGCAGAUGUUCUACUCGGAGACGGUCCUGGGUGCGAGCGGCUACGUGAACUACAGUCAGGAGAAAUGGCUUGGAUUGUAUCUGUCUGUUUGCAAGCUCUUGGACAUGGCCUUGUGUUUACCACAAGAGCAGUUGCCUCAAUUCCAAAUGUACCGUUGGGCCUUCGAAGGCUCUAGGAGUCUGGGUAUUACUGAGAGCGAGAGCAGUCUGUGCUCCAGCGAGAAGGCGAAGGGAAUGGGCAAAAGUUCAAAGGGAGUUGGCGCCAAAGAGAACGCGAAAAACAAGAUUCCUAAAGAGACGGAGGGAAAACGAAGUAGUAAGGGUAUGGGCACUAAAGAGGCCGCGAAAAACCCGGGUACUAAAGAGACCGCGGGGAAAGUGGGUACCAAAGAAAACAAAGGAAAUAUUGGUUCUAUUUUUAUACCUUACGUCAGUCGCAUUACGAAACUGUUGGCGAAGCGCAAGAAUAUUUAUGUGACGGGGAAGACAUUGGAGUGUCACCCUGGCCGACCAUUAUUGACAGUGUACCAGUUGGAAUCCGUGGACGAGCUGUUGCCUUUUCUGCGCAUGCUCUCUCGUGAGGGUAGGAUUUUACUGGACAUGCGCAGCAGCGAGCGAAGCCAGACAAGGAAAUUCAAGACGGGAAACAACGCGAGGAAUUUCCUAGAAAAAUUGAUCGAACGAGAUUUCCUGGAUCCGCUAACAGAAUGAACUGAAAGGAAAAGCGAUGAAUGAUUGGCAGAAAGAGCUAACGGAGAGUCAGGUUUGGUAGAACGGGUUUUGGAAUGAAAGAAACACCAAACUAAAAUAUCACCAGAUAAUGGUUGAAGACGAAUGUCUAGUGCAAAAAAUGUGCCCCAAAUAUCCCUCUUUCCAUUUUCAUUGUAUAAAUGAAUUUUUCGAGUUCGUAUUAUCAAAGCUAGUUUAUGUUUUAAUGCGGCUAUGAAUUAAUUUUAAACAUGAAAGACAUUAAAUGGUAGUUGGUAGGAGAAACGCGACUUUGGGAUCUCAAAAUUAGUCAGUGAAAUAUUUACUUAGAGUAUUUAAGAUUUUAUUUAUUAGCUUUGAACAAAAAUUGAAUAGAAUG